AUGUACAAGCGAAUUGCAUCUCUUUUCCGACGAAGUAAGAUGGCAAGUGUAGAAUCUAAUGGAGAUAAAUCCCAAUUGGUUACCGAAUCAGCUUUCAACUAUACGACCGAGGGAAAAGCUACUAUUCUAACCCCGCAAAAAGAUGAGGUAUUUUAUAAUCCCAUCCAACAAUUUAAUCGAGAUUUAUCAGCAAUGUCGAUCAUUGCUUAUAAUCAGCUUCGGUUACAAGAAGCCAAAUCGAAAAACAACAAGAAAAGGAAACUCCAAGGUCUAACCAUAUUGGAGGCCUUAGCUGCAUCAGGGUUAAGAUCCUGUAGGUAUGGUUUGGAAAUUUCCCAAGUUCACAAAAUCGUUGCGAACGAUUUAUCUAGCGAAGCAGUGGAAUCGAUAAAUAGAAACAUUGAACAUAACGGUCUAACAGGAAAAGUGCAACUGAACCAAUCAGAUGCCAUAAAAUUCAUGAGUUCGACGAAUAUGAAAUUUCAUAUAAUUGAUCUUGAUCCAUAUGGUACAGCAUCGCCGUUUAUCGACUCGGCAAUUCAAUGUCUUGAAGAUGAAGGAAUGUUGCUAGUCACAUGUACUGAUGCAGCAGUACUUGCAGGGAGCGGAUAUCCCGAGAAGUGUUUUGCAUUAUAUGGAGGAAAUAACUUUGGUAGUUCUUAUAUAAAUAGCGAAACAAAUCACGAAGUGGGGAUCAGAUUGAUGCUCCAAUUGAUUGCCAAUACUGCUGCUAAAUAUAAGAAGGCAAUUGAGCCUAUGUUGAGUUUGAGUAUCGAUUACUAUUUUCGGGUAUGGGUUAAAGUCAAGACGAGUCCUGUUCGAGUUAAGAAUAUAUCUAGUGAAACUAUGUUAGCGUUUGGAUGUAAUGGAUGUGGCAACAAGGUUGUACAACCAUUGGGAAUAAAGAAAGAAUGUAAAUUUUCCUAUCCUAAAUUACAGCAAUCGGUUUCUAGUCAUUGUCCAUACUGCAACGGGUCAUUCAAUAUUGCAGGACCUAUGUAUGGCGGCGAAAUACACAACCCUGAAUUUCUUGACCAGAUUCUUGCUAUAAAUGAAAAGUCAGACAAGGAAAUAUACAAGACAACAGAACGUAUCAAGGGAAUGUUAACACUUGCCAAAAAUGAGUUGACUGGUGUUCCAUUUUUCUUUAACUUGAACCAAUUGAGUGCUCUAUUCAAGUCGCCGCCCAUUUCUAUUGAUCUGUAUAGUAGAGCAAUUGGUAAUUUGGGAUACAAUCUAAGCUUGACCCAUGCAAAAAAGAAUUGUAUUAAAACAGAUGCCCCAUGGAGUGUAAACCUUGAAGUGAUCAAACAAUGGAGUAGGGAAACCAAUGAGGCAUACUUGAAAGAGAUGAAAGAGAAGCAAGCAAAUGGGGAGGAGUUGAACGAUAAGAUCAAGGACAAAAUGGCCAAAUUGGACCAAGAUAUAAACUUCAACCCUAACUUAAGUCCCAAGUCACCUGGAGCUAAUAUCUUGAUGAAGACGAAGGAGUUGGAGUUAGAUGAAGAGAGAAAAUCGUUAAACAUUGAUUUUACAACUGAGAAUGAAGUAAGUAAGAAGAUUCUGAAGUUGAGAAAGCUCAAGAUGGUCCGAUAUCAAGAGAAUCCUAGAAAGAAUUGGGGUCCAAUGUCGAGACCAAAGUAG